UGAAGUCAUUAUCUAAGUCUGCUUUUGAUCAAUGUUUUUCUUUGAAUUAGUGUAUGUAUACAUAAUAGUAUCAUACUGAAUUGAAAUUGAAUCCAAAAACUAUCGUAUUUGUGAAUAUUAUAGUUAUACAUUAAACAAUAAAAUGGUUAUGUGCAUAAGAAAAUUAACUUUACCAUUAUCGCGAUCUAUUUCAACAAAUUUUACAUCAAUUCGUCAAAUGAGCACGGCGAUUAAUGCGGAUUCUGGAAAAUCCUUGUUGUACACGACAUAUGGAAAUCCUGCUGAUGUUUUACGUAUUACAACGCAAACUAUUAAUCAACCAGAAAAUGAUCAGGUAUCUGUUAAGUGGUUAUUAGCACCCAUUAAUCCAGCAGAUCUAAAUACAAUACAAGGCAAAUAUCCAAGUAAACCACCUUUACCAGCUAUUCCAGGAAAUGAAGGAGUAGGUGAAGUAAUAGCUAUUGGAUCUAAUGUGAAUAAUCUAUCUGUUGGUGACAGAGUUAUUCCAUUUGGUUCACAUUUAGGAACAUGGAGAACACGCGCAAAUUAUAAUUCGAAAGAACUUAUGAAAAUUCCAAAGGAUGUUGGAACCAUAGAAGCUAGUAUGUUGAAUGUGAACCCAUGUACUGCAUACAGGAUGCUUAAAGAUUUUGUUUCAUUAAAUCCUGGAGAUACUGUGAUUCAAAAUGGUGGUAAUUCUGCAGUUGGGCAGAUAGUUAUACAAUUAUGCAAACUGUGGAAUUAUAAAACUGUCAGUGUUGUUAGAGACAGACCAAACAUACAAGAGUUAAAGGACCAGUUAACGAGUUUGGGUGCAGAUGUAAUACUUACUGAAGCUGAAAUAAGGAAUACACAAAUUUUUAGCAGUAAAAAGUUACCUUCACCAAGAUUAGCCCUUAAUUGUAUAUGUGGACAAAAUGCAUUACAAGUUGUGAAACAGUUAGCACAUGGUGGCAUUAUGGUGACUUAUGGUGGUAUGUCCAGAGAACCUUUAACUGUUCCAACUUCUGCACUUAUUUUUAAGGAUAUAACUUUGAAGGGAUUUUGGAUGACAGAAUGGACAAAGAAAAAUACGCAUUCCAAAGAACGCAUAGACAUGUUCAAUGAAUUGGGAUUAUUGUUCAAAGAUAAGAAAUUAAAAGCUCCACCACAUAAGUUAGUUCCAUUGUGCCAAUUUGAAGAAGCUGUUGUGAACGCACUGAACAUUGAUGGUAAAACUGGAGUAAAAUAUAUUUUCGAUUUGACUCGAUCUUAAAAUGAAUUUAUGUUUUUAAUAAUGAGAAUUUAGAAGCAAAGUUGGGUAAAAUUUAAUUAGAUUACAUUUUGCCCAACUCUGUUUAGAAAUUUCGUAUUGAAAUGACUGCAUUUCUUAUGUAUUUAAAUUAUUAACAUACGC